GCGUGGAUAUCUUGAAGACGCUCUACAAGUACGGUCUUAAUCCCAGAGAACGGGGUAAUCCGGACGGAGAUGGGUCAUUGGUGACGGAGGUAAGGCCUGGCUCCUUUGGUGCGGAAGAGGGUCUAUCCAUGACAUCUUGCUGAUUUUGUUCCGCCGUCGUUAGGUCUUCGGAUACACUCUUUCCAACCCUAUUGGUAUCUCUGGCGGACUGGACAAGCACGCUGACAUCCCGGAUCCGCUGUUUGAAAUCGGGCCUGCAAUUGUCGAGGUCGGUGGAACGACCCCUCUGCCGCAGGAUGGGAAUCCCCGUCCUCGCGUGUUCCGUGUCGUUUCCCAGAACGCCAUGAUCAACCGCUACGGCCUCAACUCCAAGGGUGCCGACCACAUGGCUGCCGUGCUUGAGCAGCGCGUCCAGGAUUUCGCCUACGCUAAUGGUUUUGGGGAGCAUGAACUGGCUGAGAAGCGCGUGCUCAACGGCGAGGCCGGCGUGCCUCCAGGUAGUCUGCGGCCCGGCAAGCUUCUUGCUGUGCAGGUGGCUAAGAACAAGGUCACCCCUGACAACGACAUCGAGGCCAUCAAGCGUGACUACGUGUAUUGCGUGGACCGCGUGGCUAAGUACGCUGACAUCCUGGUUGUGAACGUCUCCAGUCCCAACACCCCCGGUCUGCGUGACCUCCAGGCGACUGCUCCCCUGACGGCCAUCCUGAAGGCCGUUGUCGGAGCUGCCAAGAGCAUUGAUCGCACCACCAAGCCCUAUGUCAUGGUGAAGGUUAGCCCCGACGAGGAUGCAGACGAGCAGGUCUCUGGCAUCUGCCAGGCUGUGUGGAGUUCCGGUGUGGACGGUGUGAUCGUCGGUAACACCACGAACCGUCGUCCUGAUGCUCUCCCCAAGGGAUUCACCGUACCGGCUGCGGAGCAGGAGACCUUAAAGGAAACGGGAGGUUACUCCGGACCCCAGCUGUUCGACCGUACCGUCUCGCUUGUCGCUCGUUACCGGGCGAUGCUCGAUGCCACUCCCAACACUCCGGAGCUGACGGGAGCCGCCGCGGAGGCCACCACGACCGCAGCCCAGGUCGAGCCGGACACAGAGAACACUCCCUCGAUGGAGCCUCCGAAACCCUCGGACAGCCUGGCCCGGAAGGUCAUUUUCGCUUCCGGCGGUGUCACUAACGGCCAGCAGGCGCAAGCAGUUCUGGACGCUGGAGCCUCGGUUGCAAUGAUGUACACGGCUAUCACUUACGGGGGCAUGGGAACGGUCACGCGCGUGAAGCAGGAGAUGCGCGAGGGCAUGAAGCAGCAAUAGAUUUGUUGAGAAGUGUUUAAAAAG